AUGACAAGUCCAUCAAGCUCCGGAGAAACCUCGCAUAGACCAGCCUCUGAUGGGUCAACUGGGGUAACUACUCCCGAGGACUUGAGCGUCCAGAUCCUAAAUACCGCCAAAAGUUUUACACGGUGGCGUCCCUCGUACCACCUGAUGCCUCACACGGGAUGGAUGAAUGAUCCCUGCGCACCGGGAUAUGAUCCCGACACCGGUUUAUAUUAUGUCUCUUUCCAGUGGAACCCCAAUGGCCCCGAUUGGGGUGAUAUCUGUUGGGGAACUGCGACUUCGCGAGACUUGAUUCAUUGGGAAAUUCAAGACCAGCCUAUCCUCCAGCCAAACAAUAGCUAUGAUUCAAAAGGCGUCUUUACUGGGUGCUUUGUCAAAUUGAAGGACGGUUCUUUGAACUAUAUCUACACCUCUGUCAGCGCGCUUCCCAUCCAUCAUACGCUGCCACAUCAACGAGGAUGUGAGACUUUAAGCAUUGCAACGUCUUUUGAUCAUGGCGAUACUUGGAACAAAAGUGAAAGAAAUCCCACCUUGCCCGGUGAGCCGGCUGGUCUUGACGUGACCGGCUGGAGGGAUCCUUUCUGUGCUCCAUGGCCCAACAUGAGUAAAGCUCUGGGGCUGGAUUCAGGGACAUUGUUCGGUGUUGUCUCGGGAGGUAUCCGUGGUGUUACGCCCACAACCUUCCUAUACAAGAUCAGCUCGGAAGAUCUUGGAGACUGGGCCUACAUCAGCCCGCUCACAAACUUUGGCUUAAAUUUUAGACCAUCAAGGUGGUCCGGCGACUUGGGCAAGAACUGGGAGGUGACAAACUUCUUGACUCUGAACGAUGAGACGGAUGUGUCUAUCAGUCAUGAGCUCCUUAUCAUGGGUAUCGAAGGCUGUCUUGAGGACAACUCAGAAGGAUCCAAGAGAGAUGGAGGCCCGUCACGUCCAAGUCGUGGGCAACUUUGGAUGUCUGGAUGCCUUCAGAAGAUUAAUGAUUCCGAUGAAGUCACCAUGUCUUAUGACUUUGGAGGCCAUCUUGACCAUGGGUGCUUGUAUGCCGCCAAUUCAUUCUUCGACCCAAGGAGUCAGAGGCACAUCUACUGGGGUUGGAUCACCGAGGAAGAUCUUUGUGAUGAAAUCCGUCAUCAGCAAGGCUGGAGCGGAACGUUGUCGAUGCCCCGUCAGAUACAGAUACAGACAGUGCACAGCGUGACAGGUGCUCUGGUUUCAAUACUUUCAUCAAUCACUUCUGUCGAUCUGAAGAAAGAGGAGAACGGAACAUUCACUGUUCGAACUUUAGCCAGCGAGCCUUACCAGCCCUUGGUCAAUCAUCUUCGACACGCACCAAAUGUUCGACAGUAUUGUGUAGGAAAAACAACAUUUGAGCCUAGUGGACAAGAAAUUGAACUCCCAUGGAAUGGACCACGAAGCAUUCACUGGGAGCUUGAAUGCUCCUUCAAGAUUUCCGGUUCGUGCUCCAAGGUUGGAGUUUCGAUCGGUCACACAAGAGGUAAGCCAGAUCAUUCACGCAUUUCUAUUAUGAGCCGCGCUAACACUACAGACUUUGCCAACUCGACGACGAUGAUUUUUGAACCACUGCGCGAGACAUUUACAAUCAAUCGACCUUCAUUUCCAGGCCUAGGCUCAGCUCUGUUGAUCAACUCUUCGCCUGAAGUAGCACCACACACGUUGUUUACGACACGCAACCCGGAUACCAAUGAAGAAUGCACUGAGACAUUGGAUAUUCGUGCUUGGCGCGAUAACUCGGUUCUCGAAAUAUUCGUGAACGGUCGCACGGCGAUUUCUACUCGUCUUUAUGCAGCCGAGGAAACUCAUGGCAUGCGAUUCUUUGCUUUUAAUGGAGACUCUUCUCUGGGUACAGUGAAUGCCAAUCACCCAGGUUAUACGGAAUUGGAGUAUGCAACACUUUGGAAUGAUAUUGUAGUUUAA